UUUUCAUUACGAAUACACUCAAACCAAACUUAAAUUUAGAAAAAAAAACUUUUUUUUUAAAUUUCGUCACUCCCCUCCCUAAAGGUUGAGGUGCGUAUCGAACGUAAAAAAAAAGAAAAUAAGACUCGAGGGAAAGAGAGGCUUGGCUAGCCUCUUAUAGUCUCAGUCCCGGUGCGCUCGCGCUCGGAAGUAUAAGCUUCAGGAUCGAGCCUUAAUCUCAUUCUAAUAAAAAGCUCACGCAUAAAUUGACGCAGCCUUGUUAGUUUCCAUUUUUAGAAUAAGUUUUUUUUUUUAUGACGUGCAUUUGAGGAAGCCCCGUGUGAGGUUGUAUAGGUGUUAAAUUAUGGCGGGCACGUGCAUUUUAUUGUUAUUUUUAUGGUCGAAUUAUAACUUUAAAAUUGUGGAGUUUUGUGUAAAGGGUUGUUUCAUUUAUUGACUCGUCAUUAAGACUUCAACGUUCCAGCUGUGUGGUCGUGUUUUGUUUUUGAUUGAUUUAAUAAUGGAUUAAUCGUAUUAUUUGUUUUGUGUUCAAGUGACUUUUUUUUAUUUAUUUAUCGGGAACUCGUCAAGCAAUUAAAAUGUUUUUAAGAUUCGAACCGACAAAAUCAACAAAAGGUGCCAGCAAAAUGCGGCGGGAUCUGAUCAACGCUGAAAUCUCCAACCUCAGAGACUUGCUUCCUCUGCCGCCCUCCACCCGACAGAGACUGUCACAACUACAACUCAUGGCACUUGUCUGCGUCUACGUCAGAAAAAUGAAUUACUUUCAACAAGUGUUCAAGAGUCACGAUUUCAGCUAUCAGUAUCAAGAGCAAGCGACUCCCACACCUAAUAUCGGAUUUUCAAAGGCAAUGAAUGGCUUUAUGAUGAUGAUGACACAAAAUGGGAAACUAUUGUAUAUAUCGGAAAAUGCUGCGGAGUAUCUGGGGCACUCGAUGGAGGAUUUAUUGAUACACGGAGAUAGCGUUUUCGAUAUAAUAGAUAGACAAGAUCACCAAACAGUGCAAUUAGAAUUAAACCGAGGAGGCAACGGCGAGACUGAAAAUGUACCAAAGAAUAGACAUUUCUUCUGUAGAAUGAACGUUUCAAGAAACGCUAGGAGGCAAAUGAGAUUUGGAGACCAAAAAGUAGUUCUUGUGCGGGGUCACUACGUGUCAUAUCUGCCGCUGUGCAGCCGCAACGAGCCAGUGUUUGUGGCGGUGUGCACGCCGCUCGCGAUGCCUGAGACCCGCGAGUGCGUGGUGCACGGAGCCACCAACGUCUUCACCACGCUGCACGCCAUGGACAUGAAGAUACUCCACGUUGACGCCAACGGCGAAUGGUACUUAGGAUGGAACAAAAAUGAACUGAUAGACGUAUCGUGGUAUCAGCUAAUACACUGGGAUAGUCUAAGGGAAGCACAGAGUAAACAUAGAUUAAUAACGCAAUCAGAACAGGAUAAGUGUUGUAUAUUAUUAGUGAAACUUCAACAGAGGAAUGGACAAUAUUUAUGGGUGCAUGUCGUUUUGCAAGUCAAGGACGCAGCUGAUGCCCCAAGGCAGUUCAUCGUGGCUACUAACCAAGUACUAAGCGAAGAAGAAGCCUCGAUAAUGCUAGCUAACUCUUGGCUGUACCAAUACUACGGCUAUCAAAACCAGCCCUGUGGGAUUCUAGACCCGAGAUGUCAGAAGUUCUUCAGACGUGAACAGUGCUAUCCGGAAUACCAGGAUUACCCUUACGUGGAGAGUCAGGAAGUGGAAUACCCUGCGUAUCACGUGUCUUCAUACGUGCAUAAAGUUGAUGAGUAUCUGUGUGAGGGUGUGUACACUGAAAGAGGUCCCGUGGACUACUCAACGCAUUCACCGCAAUCUACCGUCAGCGAUGAUAGAUCACCGCAUCAUUACGAUUUGCCAGCCGACAUCGUAGUGAACAGUAAUAUGUACAUGUAUCCUUAUCAAGGCAAGAGGGAAUAUUACGAGCAAUAUCCAAGAAUUAAUUAUCAGGUCACUGAACCUUGCACUAGCACUGCUGUUGAAGCUAUAGACUACCCCGCUCCGAAACGCAUGCGUCUUGCAGCCCCUUUGACGUUAGAAGAAGAGUGUAUGGAGAGAUGGAACCCAAGUCCACCCUGGUCGGAUACCACCCUCAAACUACCGGACUACGGGCAGAGAUUCACUUACAAUCACAUGAACAAUAUGCAACCCGACAGAGCUAUGGUUACUUAAACUAAUUAAAAUUUAUGCCUAUUUUUGUUACAUUUACUGAAUCGAUUAUUCGAUUAUUAUCGUUAUAAAGACCUUUUUUGUGGGUAUUAGCCAAUAAACUUUCAUUUAUAAAUCGAUUUUUAAAUACAUUUGAAUAUAUUUUUAUGCAUUUUUGAAUAAUUUGUACGACACCUUACGCAUAGUAUUCGUUACAAAGCUUAUACGAACCAUUCACGUACUGUAUGUGUUAUAAAAUUAGUGACGAAAAAAUGUAUUAAAGCAAAGAUUAAGACUUUGGCACACUGGGAGUACGUACAAGCAACAUGCGUUACAAUUUGAAGAAAAUGCUGGUAGGAAAACUUUAUAAUAAAUUCGAGACUAUCUCGCAUCUCACCAUGUGUCAAGUGCCACCAUGUGCACCAUUACUAAAAUGAUGAGUUACUAACAGACGACCCGACAAGUAAAUGGCUGAUUUCCAUGAACGAAGGUUGAGCAUUUACAAUCAAAUGAACGUUAAACUCACCAUCAGCCUUCGACAGUAACAGAGAAACACAUAGUGUUGUACAAAAAUUUUUCGAUAAACUGUAUAUUUAAUUAUAAUAGCUCUAGCUUAAUGAUAAUUGACUUUAGCUCAAUUUAAUAAAACAUUUUGCCUGAACCAGUAUUUUUGCAUAAUAUACCUAAUUAAUAUAAUGUCAUUUUUGUUUUGUCAUAAGUCGUGAGCAUGAUUAUGAAACAGUUUUACAGUAUGAUCUCUAUCUGUUUAGUUUAAUAUAUUUAAAUAGAAAUGUUUUCUUUGUAUGUUUGACGUCUAAGCUGUCUUCUUUUUUUCUAAAAUCAUUCAUCGGAUUGUUAUACAACUGCAGUACGGUUGCUAUAGUAACUUCAAGGAAGGCUAAAUUUAAAUCAAACGUCGCUGUCAAAGCAACAAAUGGCCCGUUUCUAACAGCACCUUAUUCUUUAUAGUAAACUUCAUUUCCUGUAUCUACGAAAACUGCAAAACGAAAUAUUGAUUAUUUGCAUCAGCAUUAACCUUGAAACCGUUUUUGAAGUUUUUUGUCAUAUUUUUUUGUAUAUUCUAUUAUAAUAUUAAGACCUAAAAGAAGGAAAUGUCGAGACGGCAGUUAAUGCUAUUAUAUUUAAUCAGCCUACCCGCCAAAGGGAGACUGCUAAUUCUAAUUUGAAUAGUACAAUACAUUUUAUUAGGAAUUAAUUAUAUAUUUUUAAUAUUAUUGUUUUAAAUGUUUAGUAAUAAUUAAUAGCAAUAACUAAAUGUAAACGGUACCGUCCAAAUAAAAUGUGUGCUCCAAAGGAAUAGUAUAUUUUUUAUAUUAAGUUUUAAAUAUAUAAUAAGCCUUAUAUUGUAAAUAGUUAGUACAAUGAUUGCAUAAUGUAAGUGAAUUGAAAUAAACAUUCCUCGAUUUAAUAA